AUGUCUUCCUCCUCCGACCACACCACCUCCACAAAAUACAGCGACAGUCGGGACGUGCCCACCCCCUCCCUCGCCUGCCACGACCCCUCCAACCCCUUGAUCCCCGGCUCCCCCAAAACCGCCCUCUCCUCGACACUCGAAACAGGCGCCUCUCUAUCUCAAGACUUCGCCCCCCUCAAAUCCAUCUGCGGCCACCUCAACGCCUUCCACGUGUACGCCUCGGACCCCACGCGCGUCGUCGAAGCAAACCACUACUGCGCCCACCUGACCGAGGACGUGCGGCAGUGUAUUCUCUACGACAGUCCCGACCCGGGGGCCCGGAUCUUGGGAAUCGAGUACAUGAUCACACCCAAGCUGUACGAGGCGCUGCCGCAGGAGGAGAGGCGGUACUGGCAUACGCAUGUGUUUGAGGUCAAGAGCGGGAUGUUGAUCAUGCCGAAGCCGACGGGGUUGAUGCCGCAGGUGGCGUGGGAGAAGGCGGAGCGGACGGAGAUGGAGCAGGUUAUCACGCUCUAUGGUAAGAUUUAUCACUUGUGGCAGGUGGAUAGGGGGGAUAAGUUGCCGUUGGGGGAGCCGCAGUUGAUGACGAGUUUUACGGAGGAGAGCCAGUUUCCGGAUAUGGAGAAGGUGUUGGAUGAGAGGGACAAGAGGUUUCCGGGGGCGGAUUGGAGGGCCAAGAGGGAGAGUAGGAAGGAUAUUGAGGUGCCGGUGCUGCAUCCUGAUGCGGAUUGGACGUGGAAGAAGGACAAGCAGCAACAAUGA